ACCGACUAAACACACACACACACACUCUUCUACUGUGUGCUUCUUUCUUUCAUUUCAUCAAAAUAAUAACCUUUUUCUUUGUUUUCUCAUGUCCUACUAACUAAAAGUCCAAAACUAUUCCCGUAAUUAAUUUCUUACCACAUAAAUAUUAUAUGGCCGGAGUUAACGACGGCGGCGGCGGAGGUGGUGGUGGUGGCGGCGUGGUGAAAGUCGUUGAACCGGUGCUGGUAGCACACCCGGUAAAAGAUCAGCUUCAAAAUGUUUCCUACUGCAUUACAAGUCCACCCCCAUGGCAUGAGGCUAUACUGCUUGGCUUUCAACAUUAUAUAGUAAUGCUUGGGACAAUUGUUAUUAUUGCAACAGCUCUUGUUCCUCAAAUGGGAGGAGGCAAUAGAGAGAAGGCCGACGUGAUUCAAACUAUGCUUUUUGUCGCUGGAUUGAACACAUUGCUGCAAACUAUGUUUGGGACUAGGUUGCCUGCUGUCAUUGGAAGCUCAUAUACUUAUGUUCCACCUACGAUCUCAAUUAUUCUUUCAGGACGGUGGAACGAUCCCAAUCCUGUGGCGAGAUUCGAGAAGACAAUGCGUGCGAUCCAGGGUGCUUUAAUUAUUGCUUCAACAAUUCAGAUCAUUCUCGGGUUCAGUGGUCUAUGGCGUAACGUUGCAAGGUUGUUGAGUCCACUUUCGGCGGUUCCUUUGGUUGCUCUUGCUGGUUUUGGGCUGUAUGAACUCGGGUUCCCUGGGGUUGCGAGAUGUGUUGAAAUCGGGUUGCCUCAACUCGUUAUUCUAGUACUUCUAUCUCAGUACCUAGCCCAUAUGAUUCACUCCGGAAGAAAUAUACUCGAGCGAUUUGGUGUUUUAAUUUCCGUUGCAAUCGUUUGGAUUUAUGCUCAUAUACUUACCGUUAGUGGGGUCUACAAUCACACCGCAUUGAGGACACAAAUAAGUUGCCGAACGGAUCGUACUGGAUUAAUUCAUUCUGCUCCAUGGAUAAGAGCUCCGUAUCCUUUCCAAUGGGGUGCGCCAUCCUUCCAUGCUGGUGAAGCUUUUGCCAUGAUGAUGGCUGCUUUUGUUGCUCUUGUAGAGUCUACUGGUGGCUUCAUUGCGGUUUCAAGGUAUGCAAGUGCAACUCACAUGCCACCAUCUAUUCUAAGCCGCGGUGUGGGUUGGCAGGGGAUUGGCAUAUUGUUGUCUGGUUUGUUUGGAUCUGUAAGUGGAUCUUCGGUAUCAAUGGAGAAUGCUGGCCUUUUGGCUUUGACCCGUAUUGGCAGUCGAAGGGUUGUGCAAAUUUCAGCUGGUUUUAUGAUCUUCUUUUCGAUUCUUGGUAAGUUUGGAGCAGUCUUUGCAUCAAUACCAGCACCCAUAAUUGCCGCUCUAUAUUGCCUUUUAUUUGCUUAUGUGGGUGGUGUGGGCCUUAGCUUUCUUCAGUUCUGCAAUCUGAACACAUUCCGAACAAAGUUCAUACUCGGGUAUUCAAUCUUCUUGGGCUUGUCCGUGCCUCAGUACUUCAACGAGCAUGAAGCUAUCAACGGUUAUGGCCCUGUCCACACUUCUUCAAGAUGGUUCAACAACAUAGUAAACGUUCCGUUCUCAUCAGAAGCGUUUGUAGCUGCGAUCGUGGCGUAUUUUCUAGAUAAUACGCUUCAGCAUAGAGACGGUUCAGUUAGGAAAGACAGAGGCAAACAUUGGUGGGACCAGUUUCGUACAUUCAAGAGUGAUUCCAGAAGUGAAGAGUUCUACUCUUUGCCCUUCAAUCUCAACAGAUACUUCCCAUCUGUAUGAUAGUAUGAGGGUUCGUUCCUUUUUGUCACAUAUGAUGUAUCGACUAAUUGUAAUCAUGUCAUAGAGGUUGGUCAGUCGUGUUUGAAUGAUAUGUUU